AUGCGUUUGCAAUUUGCCUUUGCCAUGCUGUUUGCCCUAAUGGUAACAGCAUCACCAAUCACUGAACUUCUCCAUCGAAUCAAGCGCCAGAUUGUUCAAACUUACGAUGUUACUGAAGUCACCUACAAUUCUAAAGGAAAGGCGGUUGCAACAACCAUCCUUCGUGUCACCACUACCGUCUACCCUUCUACUACCUUGGCACCAGUUCCAACUGCAACUCCCACUGACUAUGUUUCGACUGCUUUGUAUCACCACAACAUUCAUCGUGCCAAUCACUCUGUUCCUCUUCUUAAUUGGAACACAAGCCUUGUUGCAUCCGCCCAAGUUCUUGCUGCAACAUGCAAGUGGGGUCACAGCAUGAACAUCAAUGGCGGUGGAUAUGGACAAAACAUUGCUGCAUACGGUUCCACUAAUGCAAAGGCUCUUGGUGCUAAUAAGGAGAUGGCUGUCGCUGCUACAAACAUGUGGUACAAUGGUGAAGAACCCACAUACCUUCCUUCCUACUAUGGCCAGAAUAAUCCGGACUUGACCACUUUUGAAAAGUGGGGGCAUUUUACUCAGAUGGUUUGGCUUGCUACCAGAUCUGUCGGUUGUGUUACCCAACUCUGUCAACCAUUGGACAUUUGGCCAAGUAUGCCAGCUUGGUAUACUGUCUGCAAUUAUUACCCACCAGGAAACAUGGGUGGUCAAUAUGGCGUUAAUGUCUUCCCACCACUUCGCCACCCCACUACCAACGUCGUCAAUGCUUAA